AUGGAGGCACCCCUGUUCAAGCUCUUGCUGCUGCCUCUGCUUCCUUACACCUCCGCAGGAAAUUUCUCCCAAGGAUGUUGGGAAGAUGUUGCCACUUUUCUUUCUGACCUGAAUGCAGCAAAGCCCAAAGCUUACGCUGUGAGGAUGUAUGAUUCUGUUGGGAAAUUCGGCAGCAAUAUCUUUAGUGGGAAUACGGACAGACUGGGCAGUUAUAGCGAAUGCGUUUCUGCAGAGGCUCCUUCUGGAAGAUUCCGAGGGCAGUAUUGCAAACUCCAAGUACAGCAGGACAGCAUUGACUACGACUGUGGCAUGUGCGUACCCAGUUCCUGUUCUGAGGAAGAUGUCACAGAACUAGCCAUCCUAGACAACGUCCUAGAAUGGGAAGACAAAGUGCUGAAAAACCCGAUUUACAUAUAUUCUCAAAGCGGGCCCUUUUAUUUAGGCGUCGACACAUUUUUCCUGAUCAGUGGCUUGUUGAGUUCCCGAUCUCUCUUGAACAUGCUGCGUCGCUCAGAAAAAGAAAUCACCUUUUGCAUCACGCUCAAGUAUCUCUGCAACCGACUUCUCCGAAGUAAGUAUGCACUGAUGACCAUAGGAACCUUUCUUUUCCUGGCAACAUUUACAGUCACCGCGCUGCUGUCAUCAUUUUACAAACUUCCGGUUGCGAACCCCCGUGACAUGAGGAAAACAUCCACCAUAAUGUAUUUCCUGGAGUAUUAUUCAAAACCUUAUUGCCGAUAUGGUCCAUUUCUAGUGGGCAUUCUUUUAGGACUCUUCACCUACCAGCAACCAGGCCCUGUCUUAAGAACCAGGACGCAGGCUUCUCUUGGAUGGCUUUGCGCCAUGUUCUCCAUGUUCAUGGUGAUUGCUCUGGCUUACACAUUAAAGGCCUCCCUCGACGCCUACUCACCUUCCAUGGCCCUUUAUCAGGCCGUUCACCGGACAGUUUGGGCAGCUGCUGUGGGGUGGAUCGUUUUUGCUUGUGAGGAAGGCUUUGGAGGGUUCAUCAACUGGUUCCUAUCAUGGAGCAUAUGGGCUGUGAUAGCAAAAAUCAGCUACGCCUGCUAUUUGGUGCAUCCCAUGUUGAUCAUGCUGUACAACGGGCUUCAGGAAACUCUCACGCACUACUCCGACGUCAACAUGUUCUACUUGUUCCUUGCACACUGCCUGAUGACGUUCCUGGUGGGAUUGGCGUUGACGGUGAUGGUUGAGAUGCCUCUUCAAGGGUUAAAGCAGCCUCGCCUAAAUCGACAAGCAGUUCCACUGUGAAGGAAGUUGGACCUUCUCUUUAAAAUCACUGCCGUUUUUAUUUGUGAACUGUGGUUUCAGGAGAACACCUUCAGGUUCUUGAGAAACACCUAAAAAAGAAGGCCCGGGCCUACAUAGGCCUAAGCCAGUUCUGUAUCUGAAGGUCUACUUCUUGUGUACUUGCCCAUCCAUCAGAUCAUCAUAGAGUCCUCGGUUUUUGGAGAUGAGGCGUGUGACUAGAAUCAGGGCUUUCUCUGUUGUGGCACCACACCUUAGGACCAGAUAUGUCCCCAGAUAUGUUCAUCUGCUGUCCACACUGUUAUAGUUCAGGUGCCAGGCAAAAACUGUUCUAUCUUCUCAUGCCUUUGAUCUGAAUUCUCACUUGCUGUUAACACCACUGCUCUGUGUUUCAAUGUCUCUUGCUUGUUCGUGCAUUGAGAUUUCUGUUUGUUUGUUAUAGUUAUAAGCCACUUUGAACAUGGAUAUGGAAAAGUGGAGUGUAGGUAUUUAAACUGCAGAAGAAAAGAAAAAGAAAGAGGAAUGGCUGGUCUGAGGAACCCCAUCCACCAUGCCCUUCAAUCUGUCAUCGCUGUGAACAAUCUCUCCUGUUGAAGUUCUCUCACCCUACCCUAAAUUACUCUUGCAGCUUGAUCUUCUCUGUUAACACU